GUUUCGUCGGAUGCGGCUCGUAAGCUGGCGAUAGAAGAAGGAGAGAUCGUAGUUUUAAAGAACGACAAGUCAUCACGAUCAUUUUGGAAGUUAGCUAGGGUGGAGGAAUUACUCGCCAGUAAAGACGGUGUUAUUAGAGCGGCAAAGGUACGCGUAGUUAAUCAAGAGAAUGGAAAAUCAACAUGGUUACGAAGACCCAUACAACACCUUGUUCCUCUAGAAAUACGGUCGAGUUGCAAGCAGAAGAACGAAACGCACGCGAGGGAUCCUACGACGGAAGAGACGAAAGAGGAUGCCUCUUCAAAGGAACCGCUGAAGGCGAACGCAAGGAGUACAGUUGUUACUAAAUACUUCCUACGAAGUCAGAACAAUCGUAAAGAUACUGUGUGA